UCAACGUACACAAAAUGCGCACAACGAUUUUAACCGCCUAGCUGUCGGGUUCGGAGGACAGCAACCUUCCUCGAACAGUUUGACAUCUUAAAGAAACUUGAACUAGCCAAAAACCAUGCCUGUAUGGGAUUUGAUCUUCGACUCGUCAGACUCUGACUCGCCUGAUGAGAGCGACAAUAACUACGUUCAAAGGCUUCUGAACGUGAUCAGGCUUGGUCCCGACAGUUGGAUGCCGUCCAUCAACAGGAGAUUCAACUUGGGAGAAUACAGGAGACCGCAUGGUGUCCGAAAUGCUCAGGGCCUCAGACCCGUACUCGCGGAGCGGACAACUCCUGCCAGCAAAAGACGGAGUCGGAGUUUGUCGGCACUAGACUCCAGCGACGCCCUGAACCCCCUGGAUAUAAACGACACGGAUGAACCCUUGGAACUGGAGCGGUGGCCCCCGCGAAGUUGCCGGUGCUACCACCUCUCACACCCCCUGCGUGACACCAGGCGUCGCCCCGGCGGCUAUAUGCAGGAUAUCGUGGCAACCACGAGUGACGAAACUGAAUCUUUAUUUAUUUAUUGCCUUGUAUUUGCUGCAAUAGUUACUCCUUUGUGCAUUCUUUUCUACAAGCUCGCAACUUCGAUCAUAAAUUUUUAGACCCUAGUCUCGUGUUAAUUCUGGUUUAGGAGUUUUAAUCAAUUUAAUCUUGACGGCGGUAAUUUUAUGCUAUCUAGACGUUGGUUUUCCAGAACGCUCUUACCUACCUCGGAUUAAAGUUGAUUGGAUUUGUUUUUGGUUGUGAAUUUCCGAGUAAAACGUGCAACUUGUU